AAGGUAUUCGAAAAACAGGGCUUUGGAAAGCCCAAACAUUUCCCCGCAAGUCACCAUCGUUCCCGUGAGAAGUAGAAAUAUCGGUAGUAGGCAGUAAUCCGCCCUGUGAGAAGAUCUUCUUUCUAGAUUUUCGCGGGCAUUGAAGCCCAAUCGAAGGAGAAGCUUGAGAUUCCCCCAUUUUACAUCCGUACGGCUGUGUAUCUCAAGAUUUGGAUUUUUUUAUUUGAUUUAAAAUUUAAAGAGGUCAUAGGUCAGGAGUACAAGAACAGGUUAAACGGAGGCCAUUUCUUGAAUUAGAUUAUGAAUCCGGAAAGCCAAUAUGUUAGAAAUUUCAUGCAAGGAAGAUAUCAUUAUGAGUUUGAAGCUCAAUCCCUCAUCACAACCAUUGUCAAAAUCCCAUCUCCGGUGACAUUUUCUCCAUUUCAAAAUUUUCAAUGACACAAUCAUGAUAAGAGGCACAUUAUUAAGGCACUGCUUCAGCCAAAGCGUCAGACCAGCUUUUCUCAUUUAUUCCAAUGCCUUUCCUGCAAAAUUUGCUUCCAUUACCAGAAAACACAGUCUGGUUGAAUGUGUUGGAGCAGUCAUCCUCAGCUAUAAUUGCACAGGCAUUCGUGUGCCAGAUACAUGCUGGAAGCUACAAGGGUCUCCGCACCGACAUUUUGCUACUACCCUUCAGCCAGGGAUCUCUUGGGAAGUUCCAUCCCGCACAACUUUGUUGAACAAGCUUGAAAUUGCAUUGAAGGGUCACCAUUUGGAUGAAGCAUGGGGAAUUUUCAAUGACUUUAAAACCUUGCAUGGUUUUCCUAAGCAGUGCUUGGUGCACAAAUUAAUAAUUGAAAUGUCUUACUCGUCUGACUAUCGCUGGCUUUGUAAAGCACAUGAUCUGGUGCUUGUGAUUCUAAAAGAGAGGUCAGAUUUGCUUCACUAUGACUUUUUAAUCCGGCUAGCUCUUGUACUGGCAAGAGCGCAAAUGCCAAUUCCUGCCUCCACUGUUGUGAGAGUAAUGCUGGAAAAAGAGAAGUUUCUGCCAAUGGAUAUGUUGAGCACUGUGUUUCUUCACCUGGUGAAGACACCAACUGGUGCAUGUCUUGCAUCGGAUAUCUUGAUUGAGAUUUGUGACUGCUGCUUGCGUGAUAGAGGAGAACGAAGUUCAAGAAGUUCUAAAUGCUUGAAAUUGCAAACUCCUAACACCAUGAUCUUCAACCUUGUUCUGGAUGCAUGUGCACGGUUUGGUGCCACCUUAAAGGCCCAACAAAUAAUAGAAGACAUGAUGCCUUGGAUGGGGGUCAUAGCUGAUGCAGGCUCCAUUGUUAUUAUGGCCCUGGUCCAUGAAAAGAACGGACAGAGAGACGAGUUGAAGAAACUGAAAGAACACGUCGAAAGUGUUCCAGUCUUAUUAGAUCACCAUUAUCAGCAGUUUUAUGACAGUUUGCUGAGCUUAUACUUCAAAUUUAAUGACAUUGACGCUGCCGCAGGCCUCAUCUUGGAUCUAUAUAGACGCCAAAAAUCUCUUCAUUGCUCAGGCGGGCUUGUGAGAAGAGAGAGGGAGUUAGAAAGGCCUUGCCUGGUCCAGAUUGGAUCUUGCAAUCUUAGGAAUGGAUUGAGAAUGCGGAUCAAACCUGAGCUACUGCAGCGUGAUUUUAUAGUUGGAGCAGGAAGCCGAUCAGAACUUGUCCUCUUCAUGCAUGGCAAGCUUGUUGCUAGCCACAAGGCCCUCUCAAAGCUAAUCAAUGGCUACGGGAGAGACAGAAAGGUGAGUGAUUUAUCGAAUCUUUUAGUUAGCAUAGAGGAGUUGGGUUUUUCAGCAGAAGCCAGCUUGAGCUCCGAUGUGAUAGAUGCUUGCAUUCAGUUAGGUUGGCUGGAGAUUGCCCACGACAUUCUGGAUGACAUGGAAUCAGCUGCAGUUCCUGUCGGGACUGUUACAUAUACAUCGCUUUUGAAAGCAUACUGCAAAGGAAACCAAUGGAAUGAAGCCAAGGUUCUGCUGAAACAAAUGAGGAAGGCUGGUUUGUUCAUAAAUGUAUCUGAUGAGAAGGUAAUCUCCAUGUUCCUUUUAGAAGAAGCCACCAUCAAUCCUCUUGAUGUGAAAACUGAAUCGGUUAGGAAAUCAAGUUUAGCCGAGCUUUUGUUGCAAGAAAUCAGUGAGAAAGAAUUGACAAAUCCACUUGUUUAUGAGAUCAAUUCUUCAAUCUACUUCUUCUGCAAGGCCAAAAUGAUGGACGAUGCGUUGAAGACAUUUCGGAAAAUGCAAGAAAUGAAGCUUCGACCUUCAGUGCAGACAUUUAGUCAUCUGGUAAAUGGGUAUUCUUCCUUACACAUGUACCGUGAGAUCACAAUAUUGUGGGGAGAAAUCAGAAGGAGAAUGGACGAUGGAGUUUUAGCUGUGGACAGGGAUUUAAACGAUUGCUUGCUGUGGAACUUUAUUAGAGGCGGGUACAUUGAGAGAGUAAUGGAGAUUGUUAGAUAUAUGAACAAACAUGGAAUGUAUACUGAUAAGUGGAAGUAUAGAAGAGAAUUUCUGAAGUUCCAUAAGGAUCUCUAUAGGAACUUAAAAGCUUCUAAGGCCAAAACAGAGGCUCAGAGUAACAGGCUGGUGCAUGUUCGAGCUUUUAGGAGGUGGGUUGGCAUUGAGUGAAGUUCACCGAGAGAAUCUGAGUUAUCUAUUCAAUGUCUGUAUAUUGAUGGUUUCUAUACCUUGUAGAAGGACUAUCAAAAUAAUUGUUGAUCUUGCGAUGUUC